UAUAGUCAUAUAUUAAUAAUUGGGCGAUUAUUGUUGCUCUCCUUGAUGCAUUGAACAACGUUCGAGCUUUAGUGAAAUCGAUUUCGCAACAAAUCAACAGUUAUUCAUGGUUUUCUCAAAAAAACUGUUCGCUUUUGACACUCUGCGCUCACUUCAUUAAAUUGAGACAUUUUUUAUCCAUUUAUUCAUAACUAAUAUAAAAAUACAUUUGUUUUCAAACUUGUUGUUCUCUCAAUCGAAUAUUCAAUUCUAAAAAUAGUUGAGUCUCAAUCAGAAUGUUGUUAGCCAAUCACUUGGCCUUGACUUUUACCUUUGCUAUGGUUAUCGCACACUGGACUGAACCACCCAUACCCAACUACUUACACAUUUGUGAGAAAUUGGACCAAAACUUAACGGAGUGUCUAAAAACCAGUAUCGACAAACUGCGUUCAGUGUUGAUUGAAGGCAUACCAAAUGUUGAUAUUCCAAGUCUUGAUCCGCUCGAAAUAGAUAAUUUAUUUAAAUUCGACCGAAGUCACCAUGGAUUGCAUAUUAAAGCAGAAAAUGUUCUUGUUCUCGGCAUUUUAAAGUUUAAUAUCGACAAAUUGGACGUUGUGAAGCAUGGAAAACAGUACGAUGUCGAUGUAGUUUUUCCAAGGCUUCAGGUCGAGGGUGCAUGCGACGUCAGUGGACAAGUGAAAGAGUUUUUAGUUGAUGAAGCUUGUUCAUUUGUUGAAACAUUCCAUAAUAGUUCUGCAAAAGUGAAGGCACAUUUUUCGCAUGUCGCCAACGGAUGGCUGGUGCAAACGGAUAAGAUUGACGUUAAAAUCAAAGCUAGCAAAGGUGUUGUUAAAUUGUAUGACCUGUCCAAAGGAAGACGAAUACUGGAUCGUUAUGAAAUCGACAAUGUGAUCAAUCACAACUUUAAUAAGAUGAACAAAGAAUUGUUUCCAGUCGUAGAGAAGGUGCUUCAGCAUCAAUUAAAAGAGAUGUCCAACAAAGUGUUUGGAAAUUUUAGCUACGGUCAAAUAUUUCCCAUUUCAUUUUAG